AUGGGUGACGAAGUCAAAAUCGUGAUCCUUGGGGAUCGAGGCGUCGGAAAAACAACUCUCAUUCUAACUCUCGUUACUGAGGAGUUCUGUAGCAAGCCGCCAAAGACUCUCAAUCGAAUCGGCAUCACUAGUGAAGUUUCGAACCAUUCUAGCGCUGGAUUGACUUAUCUCGUUGAUUAUUCGGAAGCGAAUUCCGAAGAAAUCUUGGAAGAUGCCGAUGUUGUCUGCUUGUGCCACAACGUCCUCGACAUCGAUUCGCUCUUUGAGUCAGCAGAAAAGUGGCUUUCGAUCGUCAGACUUCAGGCGUACAAAAGUCCGCCUGUGAUCAUUAUACUGAUCUUGAUAGAUAGAACAACUUCAGGCGCAAUGGAAUGCUCUUCAAAACUCAACCUCGGCGUGCUAAAUGUCUUCGUCGACGCCCAGAAAUGUGCACUCUACCCACUUUGCCCAGUUUUCAAUGCCCGUUCGGGUAAAUUAACGCUUGAAGCUUCAAGCGCUCUUCGUCGCGUUUUCCACAUUGCAGAUAUUAACUACGACGGAGUUCUUGAUUUUGGAGAACUUGGCGAGCUCCAGAGAAAGGCUUUCAACACGCAUCUUGGAGAUCAAGGCUAUGAAGAUAUCCGACAUCUGAUUCAUUCUUCAAUCCAAAACGGAGUCGUGAAACAAGGAAUCACCAUCGAAGGCUUUUUCGCAUUACAAGCAGAGCUUUGUAAAAAUCUCAAACAAGAAGUUGUCUGGACGCUUCUCAAAGCGUUUGGGUACACUUUGAAAUGCGGGGAAGUUCGAUUGGAGCUACAUCCUUUUCUGAGUUCUCUGCGCUUGAACCCUGAUCCAAAGAAAAACUCCCUCUCCGAUUCUUCGAUUGAUUUCUUGAGAAACUGUUUCUCAAAAGUCGACGCUGAAAAAGAAGGAAUAAUUGACUCCGCAAAGAUAAAGAAGAUCUUCUCUGGUUGCGAGUGGAUUCCUCGCGAAUUCGACCUGUCUUUAGAUUCAACGCCAGUUUAUCUCGUCUCAGGAAGACAGGUGAUAACGAUGGAUAGCUGGAUCGCCCGGUGGGAGCUUUUUAUGCUCUUGGAUUGUGAAAAAUGCUUGACGACGAUCAUUCUUCUUGGCGUUGUUCACUCGUCUUUUGGGCUCAAUGAAAAGCUUACAACUUCUGCGGUUCAAAAAGUCGUGAAAAUCGGCGCCCAACUCCCUUCGAGACCCAUCGUCGUCGCCGUCUGUGGAGAUCGAAUGACUGGCAAAUCUUCAGUAGUCAACUGUCUCGUGAAAAAUAACAAGUUCAAGCAAUCAAUCACUUCAAAACGAAUCAACCUUGAUGACCUCACAAUUACGCUAAUUCUUCAAGAAGUUCCCCUCGACGAGCUCGACUCAAUCUGCGCCGAUGCCAUUCUAGCAACUUACAGCACUAGCGCCGACUCUUCCCAGCAAACUCUUCUAUCAAAACUCAAAGCACGGAAAAAACUACGAAUCAACGUUCCUGAAAUAAUUCUAUGCAAAACGCGAGCCGAUUUGCGCUCUUCGUCGGCGUCUCUUUCUGAUGAGAUUAUAAGAGAGUUUUCGAAAUUCAAAGGAGAAGUUCUCUUCUACGGCGAAAAUACCUCGGAGGAAUUUUACUCAAACCUUGUCGAAAUUAUUCUCAAGCAAAAUGGAGUGUAUUUCAAUCGACCCUGGUCUCGCUUCAUGCGAAAAUCAUGCCUUCUUCUUUCUCAGCCUGACUGGAUGACGCUCUCAAUAUCAUUUGGCGUCGGAGUCGUCCUUCUCGCUGCUUAUUCCAAGAUCAAAUCAUGA